AUGGGAGGGGGACGGAUUGCGGCUGGCGCCGACAACAGCUUGAACUGGCAGUCGCGUCGCUGCUACGAUCCUAACACAGCAGUAGGGAGGGCGCCGAUUUCGACCGGCGCUGCUGCUGGGUGGGCCGGAAUGGGCUGCAGUCCAGCAGCCCAGGCCCCUUUCGACUGUGGUGAGGGGGUGGAGGAGGCGUUCGGCCACAAAAGUCUUGGCUGCAAGUUGAAGAAACGAGGAAAUGCAGGCAGCAAUGCAAAUGACCGUGUACUGCCUGUUAGGGUGACUGCCCUACAGCAUGCCAACAUACAGCCAACUCAUUCAGGCCUGAGUAAUUCUGCUGAUAAGGGGACGUCGCUGCAGAUGGGACUAGCUGGGGAUCAUCAAUUCAGUCCUACAUUUUCUCCAUCCAAGGUUGCAUCUCCUCCUCAGUGGUGGAAUAUUCCUCUCAUGAUCCCACAUCUUAAUUUGUCCACCCCUCCUACCAGAUCCACCAUCUUUGCUACAUCCAGUUCGUUUAUCUGUGUCUUGUAUUUUCCGCCUCUUACUAAAACCCGAGAUACUCCACACACAGCAGCGGCAGCAAUGGCGGAACCUCAAUCCUUCACUCACGAAGACAAAAUUUUGGCAAAAAACUCUUCACAACAAGAAGAAGACAGCCAUACCCAAGAUAAUCCCGUUUUAUCGUUUGUCUCAAACAUCCUUCAAUUAUUCAAGCCGCCUGCAGCCAAGAAGAGCGGUAUUGUUAUUAAUAAUGUUUCAGAAUCCGACCCGAGUAAAAUUGGGGCAUCUGUGAAUGAAACUGUGGUGGAAGAUGAAAAUAAACCCACUGUUGUGAAGUUCCCGAGGCAGACCUUGGCUCCAUUGAAGCUCGAAGCAGAAGCUGAAGGGGGUGAACAGAAUACUAACCCGGUUAUCUUGUGGCAGGUUUAUGCCAUUGGAGGAUUCUUCAUAUUGCAGUGGGCAUGGAAAAGAUGGAAUGAGCGUAAAGGAGAUAAGAAGUCCAGCGAUGAACCUCCUCCAGCUCAUGAUUAA